CAAUCUGCUCACACAAAAUGUGUGGAUAACAUUUUAGAAGAUUCCACUGAACUUGUCCAAGGAACAGUCAAAGCAAUUAAACACGGUUUGCAAAAUUGCUUAGAGAAAGCUGGAUUAAAUUAUAAUGAUGUGCCAGGUCUUGAUGAAUUAUUUGAUGAAGGACAUGCUAUCUCAAAUCCAUUCAAACAUAUUUCCACAAAGUAUAAACAGAAUGCUUAUUUUGAGGAGCAUUUUGGCUUAGUUCAACCCAGACGAAUUAAACUUGGACACAGAGUUGUGAAAAGACGUUCAAGGACUGUGUACAAAGAGGUUAUUAAAGAUGACGAAAUCAUGUACAUACCACUGCUUAAAUCCUUGGAAAAAAUGCUCAAUGUAAAAGGAGUACUUGAACAGCUAAACCAUGGUCAUCUUCGGCAACAGAAACAUGAUGAUGUGAUUGAGGAUGUUUGUGAUGGCCAGUAUUUCAAAACCCAUCCUCUGUUUUCCAAGGACUCAACUGCUUUACAAAUCAUGCUUUACUAUGAUGAGUUGGAAAUUGCAAAUGCCCUUGGUAGUAAAACUGGAAAUCAUAAGUUUCGUAAUAGUUUAAUGACAUAA